CCAGUGCUCAUCGUGCGCCAUGCCAUGGAAGACCGGCACCAUGCUCUUGACACGUUGAAAUGCUUGACGGUUCCUCAGCGAGCUAUGCUACGCAAAGGCAACUUCAAGACCGUUCCAGACGUACUCUGCCCACCACCGAGCGAUGUCGCCAAGCGAUGCCGAGUGCAUAUAUCUGAGGUUAACCGAGCGCUGGACGCCAUAUGCACCGAGCUGCGCCGGCCUACCCACCCACUCCAGGACGCGUUCGACGACGCGGUGAGUGGCACGAUCACCACCGCGGACGACGCGUUAGACGCGCUUCUUGGCGGGGGCAUCCAAACGGGAAUGAUGUGGGACGUUUCCGGUGAGAGUGCGGCCGGCAAGACACAACUCGCGCUCCAACUCUCGCUAGCCGUGCAGUUCCCCCCGGAAAUGGGUGGUCUCUCCGGCUCCUCCUGCUAUAUUACGACGCGGUCCAGGCUGCCAACCACUCGCUUGCUGGAAAUCGCUCAGAACCACCCGCGUCUUGACCCGAAUAUAUGCGGCCUGGCAGACAUCCACACACUUCAUACACCCACGCCUCCAAUGCUCCAGCACGUUCUCGACGUCGUCCUUCCGCGCUUUGUUAACCAGAUAAGCGACCGCUCGGGCGCGCGGCCCGUCAGACUGGUUGUAAUCGACACCCUCACCGAGCUCUUCCACUCCGAGACGCGCACGACUUCUCACUGGCUCUUCGAGCGCUCGAAGAUCAUCUCCGCGCUUUCCGCCUCUCUGCACGCCCUUGCAUCCCAGCGCGGGCUCGCCAUCGUCGUCCUGAACGAGGUCACGGACGUGUUCGACCGCGAUGACCUUCCACCCUCGCGCGAGGCGGGUGCGGACGUGCUUUACCGCGAACAAAGCCGGUGGUUCGGUCGCGCAAACAGCAUGCCGGGCGAAGAUCGCAAACAGGCCGAUCUCGGACUGGUGUGGACGAACCAGGUCAACGCACGACUGAUGCUGAGCCGCACCGGCCGGCGGCGGCAUCUCGACGAGGACGAGGUACGCGCUCUGAAGCGCCGGCGGCUCAACGGCGACGAUGCAAACUCGGAUACAGAACCUGAUGACGCAAAUUCGCUGUUGCAAGACGGGGAGCCCACUGUCAUCCGGCGCCUCACUAUCGUGUUCAGUGCGGUAGCUCGACCCGGAUCCGUGGAUUACGUGGUCACCCGGGGCGGCAUCUCUUGCUUCCGCGAUGCAUCAAGCACAAAUGCUCCUGCGCCUGCCAAGGCGCCUACGUUUCAGCUAGCCUCACCUGGCGCGCUUUCUGCUCCAGCCGGAACACCUGCCCUUCAGCCCGCGGACGUAGCUCUGCCACCUAGCAGUAGCGCGCCGCGUUCGGACCCCGAACCAAACCCGCUCGGCCCUGAUACGGACCCUUUUCGACAAACAGAAAGAGGGGAAAUGCUGCCUCCGUCGGAUGACGUGCCUAUACUCGACUCCGAUGCGGCGCUCGGAGAUGCCGAUGCAGCGCCAAAAGAGGACGAUGACGAGGAUAUGUACUGGGGAGACGAAGACGGCGAUAUGGAAAAGCUGUAUAAUUUGAUCGACGACGCUUCAUUCGAUGUAAAUGUAAUACCAUCUUCAAUCGACGCCGAGAAUCCUUGGUUCUAGUACUUAUC